AAAUAAAACAAGAAAAAGUAACUCAAAAAAUUAAUCGAUUUAAUUACAAUCAAGGUUAUUGUUAAAACCGAUUGGUUGUUGCGAGUUCAUCUGUACUGUUUUCAAUUGGUUAACAGUUAAAAUUGUGAAUCAGUUUAAUUGAGUUGAUCAUUUGAAGAAAAACCAUCAAAUUGUUAAUAUUAAUUGUGAUCAACGAUUGAAAGUAUGGCCGCUCCUAAGAAAUCAACCGAAUGGUGUUUGUACAACGGAGUCACAGUUCCGACCCUUGGACUUGGCACAUGGAAAUCGAAGCCUGGAGAAGUGGCCGCAGCGGUCAAACACGCGCUUUUGAACGCUGGUUACCGACACAUCGAUUGUGCUCUCGUUUAUCAAAACGAACACGAAGUUGGCCAAGCGCUGAAAGAAGUGUUCGAAUCGGGUGCCCUUAAACGGGAAGAAGUUUUCAUUACUUCUAAACUUUGGAAUACUUUCCAUUCUCGAGCUUCCGUGAUGGAAGGUGUCAAGAAAUCGUUGGCCAAUCUUGGCCUCGAAUAUCUUGACCUUUACCUUAUCCAUUGGCCGAUGGGUUUCCAAGAGGGUGACAAUCUCUUCCCUCGAGAUGACAAGGAGCAAAUCAUUUUCUCUAACAUCGAUUACCUCGAAACCUGGAAAGGUAUGGAAGAUGUUCAGAAAGCGGGACUAUCCAAAUCGAUCGGUGUUUCCAAUUUCAACUCUGAACAAAUUCAACGAGUUCUCGAUAAUUGUGAAAUUAAACCAGUUAUGAAUCAAAUUGAAGUUCAUCCUUACCUAACUCAACAACCGUUGAUUGACUUUUGCCGUGAACGACAAAUCGGCAUAACGGCCUACAGUCCACUUGGAUCACCCGAUCGACCCUGGGCUAAGCCUGAAGACCCUUCACUCCUCGAGGAUCCAGCAAUCAAAUCAUUGGCCGCUAAAUACAACAAAACAUCAGCCCAAAUCCUCCUUCGCUACGCUAAUCAACGAGGUCUCUUCGUGAUCCCCAAAAGUGUGACACCUUCACGAAUCGAUGAAAACAUCAACAUCUACGAUUUUAAAUUAACACCCGAAGAAAUUGAAUCAAUUAAUCAAUUCAACAAAAACUGGCGAGCGGUUCCCGUGCUCACUUACAGCGAGCAUCCUUAUUACCCAUUCAAACGACCAUUUUAAUCAGUCGCUUGACUAACAAUUAACACUUGAUUUCUCUCGUUAAUCUCACAAUUUAUGUGACUUUUAAAUGUAUCAACCACUUAAGUAGAUUGAUUUAGUUGAUUAAAAAUAUCUUCAAGUUAAUAA